AUGGCUAGAAUCAUUCCUGUAUUGACACUUAUCUUGGCAGUGGCAACUGCUAGAGUAGCAAAGAGUGAAAGUCCAAAGGAAGUGUUGGCAUAAAUCAACAAAGAUUCAUUUGGUAAUUCUGUAUUGUCAGUCCUCCAACUCUAAUUGGCAACAGGAGGACCAGUCGGAGAAAUCUAAAUCCUUUUAAACAACAUUGCCUCAUAACUCAAUGGAGAUUAAAAGAAAGCUGACAAAGUUCACGAAAGUGACACAGUUGCCUUCGAGAAGGUAUAGUUAAUUAUUACAAUGUUAGAUCAUUGCUGACUUAGAAUAAGAAAUCGCUUAUCACUAAACUUAAAUUGUUGCUCUUUCAAACUUGAGAGACUCAACUACUGAGGCAUUGGGAGAAGCUGAAGUUGAAGUCAGAGUAGUCACAUCUGAUAUUGCCAAUAACGAAAAGAGCUUCGCCGAUGAAUCAGCCACAAGACAAUCAUAACACGAUACUUGGGUUAGAAAGGAUGCAGAACACGUUGACUAAAUUGAUGCCAUUGAUGAAGCCUCAAAGAUCGUUUAACACUUAUAAGCAGGUGUUGCAUUUGCUCAACUCAAGAGCAGAUUCGAGAAAGUCUAAGCCAAAUUAAUGGAAAGCAAACACGCUCUUUUCAAAGUAUUAAAUAACUAUAUGAAAUAGCCACUCAUCAAUGCUUUGACAUAAUUGGCCUCCAAGGUUGAUAACAAGAGCAUCAUCAAGAUCUUAGAACUCUUGGCUUAGAUCAGAUAAUAAUUGGUUGCCAGCAGAGCCUCACUCCUUGCCACAGAAGAGAAGUAAGCUGCCAACUGGGAAGUCCAAAGCGGUCACUUAUAAGAAGAACACAAGAGAUUAGUUGAGAGAAAGGCCUUCUUAGAAAACUCAAUUGUUCAAUUCAAAGUCACCAUCCAAGAAGCUGUUGAAGACUUGGAAGAUUAAACUGUAUGAUCGUGAAUUAAAUGUAGUUAUUCCUUGAGGAUGCUGAAGACUCAUUGGCUAUCCAAGAGAGAUGGGCUGCUGAAUAAGAAGCCUAAUAUGAAGCUUAAACCUUCGAAAGAGAAUAAUAAUUGGAAGUCGUUGAAAGAUUAUAAGAAGUUCUUACUCAAAAGGUGAGUGCUGCCUCAGAAUUCCUUUAAGUUAGAGAAGAGGUCUUUUGAUUAAUGAAUUAUCAGCAAUAUUAAUAUCAAU